UCCAAAUACCGACAAGUCGCAACAACUGGUCAACUAUGUGGAGGAUUAUCUGGAAUGUGUGGAGUCCCUACCUUUGGACAUACAAAGAAAUGUUUCUCUGCUUCGAGAAAUUGAUGCAAAGUACCAAGACAGAUUACACAUCUAAACAUUAUCCACCGCUCUGCUCCGUCGAGUGUGAGCUGCAGAGACGGAGAGCUCCUCUUGUAGGCAACCUCCUUCCACAUCUGACUAGCGUCACUUCCUGUAGGCAGGAAUUCACUGCGGCUCAGCCCUCCUCCGGGCUCUUCCUCUUAAACAUGUCAAACUUCAGUGUCUCUUAAACAAAAGUUUAAAAUGUCUGCUGAAAACUUGUCAGUGAGAUGCACUCACCCAGCGCUCUACUAGGAACACCUGUACGCCUGCUUAUUCAUGCAGUUAGAGAGGCAGUAACUCAGAUGACCACUCUUUACAACUGUGCUGAGCAGAAAAGCAUCUAAGAAUGAACACGUCCAACCUUGAGACGGAUGGGACUACAACAGCAGAGGACCACAUCAGACGUCAGACAGCAUGAACACCACCACCACCACCACCAGCAGCAGCCUGCCAGAGGUCCUGAAGGAGGUGGAUGAAGUGUUUGAGAAGUACAAAGGUGAGCAGGAUGCAGCUCAGAGAAAGCGCCUGCAGAUCCAGCUGCAGCGGGCGCUCAUCAUCAGCCAGGAACUGGGUGAUGAGAAGAUCCACGUGGUGACCCAGAUGACAGAGCUGGUGGAGAACCGCUCCCGCCAGAUGGACUCCCACUCCCUGUGCCUCCAGGAGCCCAACGAGGCCGAGCGGCUGACCACAGAGCGGCGUUCCAGUAUCCAAGAACCCCCUGCCCCGGAGCGUGCUUCCACGCGGCGCCCGCGCCGCCAACGCAACAGCGAGAGCCGCGACUCCAGCCACCCGUCGGCCAACGGCUCUCUGGUGGACGACCCCUCGGAGGAGCUGUCCAUCCCUCCACCCCGAGAGAAGAAGUCCAAGUCUGCAAAGAAGAAGAAGCGCAAGUCCAAACAGGAACGAGACGCCUCGCCGGUCGAGUUCGCCAUCGACCCUAACGAACCCACCUACUGUCUCUGUGAGCAGGUGUCCUACGGCGAGAUGAUCGGCUGCGACAAUGACCAGUGCCCCAUCGAGUGGUUCCACUUCUCCUGUGUGGGGCUGACCUACAAGCCCAAGGGCAAGUGGUACUGCCCCAAAUGCAGAGGGGACAACGAAAAGACCAUGGACAAAAGCCUAGAAAAGAACAGAAAAGACCGCCGGUCCAGGUAGUGACCUUCAUCUUGAAGAUGCCUUCAGCCUGAGGGUUAGGACCGUGGGUCGUAGUUGAUAACAGUACUCGUGAUGUUGUAAGAGCACAAUCGAACACCAUUAGUAGCAGCGCUUAUUAUUAAUCAAGGACAAAUUGUGAUUGAACUUGUGCUGUUACAUCACUGAUUGUUCCCACUGACUAUAACUGGCACUGUAGUCUGUAGGGAGUCCAGCUGCUGCAGGAACCAUCAGCUUGAAGCUGCCAUCAUCCUCAAGUGUUUUGCUUUUCGUGGGACUUUUAUUUUUAUUUUUUUUACGUUGACUUAUGACAAAAAAAAAAAAAAGAAAAAAAGAAAAAAAAGAAAGCAUCAUUUGGUUUACUGUCCCUUUUACAUUCUGGUCAAGGUCCUAAUAAAAAAAAGAAAAAAAAAAAAGAGGUAUUCCUGAGAAUGAUCAUUAAUUUCUUCAGUUUUGACCAAUCAAGCUGUUUUUUCUUUCUUUGAAAUUUCUUGAUUAUACUCGAUUCUUUGAAAUCUGCAUCUGUCUUUAUACAAUAUAUGGCGUCUAGAGACUGAUAUUUAAUUGAGGAGAUGAUUGUUGCUGGGACACUGGAAUAGAACGUCAUGUUUGUGGACUUUACGUUUCGAUUAGUUCACUAUCACUAUUGUGUACAUUUCUUUUUAUAUUCAUUAAAACAAAGUAUUGUCAUUCA